CUGCACCCUGCUCGCUGUCCUGCUUGCUAACACUGGCUGAAUUUAUUUCAGUUUAUUUCUUUGAUUGUCCUCAGCUGCAGUUCUCCAUCACUUGCUCUCUUAUAUAUUGAGAGUUGUGUGGGGGAAAGUACCUGAAAGUGCUGAUCAGUGCUUGUCUAUCUCAUUAGCUAAAGACAUGGAUCAGAUUACAGAGCUGGGGAACAAAAGUGAGGGGUUCAUCCUGGAAUCAAACGGAUCUGAUGAGCAGCCAUCUGUAAAGCCACUUCUGGGCAUUGGCAUAGACAAUCUUAUUACUUUGGUGGUGUUUGGCAUUAUAUUUGCACUAGGGGUCUUGGGCAACUCAUUGGUCAUCACAGUGUUGACAAGAAACAAGCCUGGCAAGCCUCGCAGCACCACCAACAUCUUCAUACUGAACCUGAGCAUUGCUGACCUUGCUUACCUCCUAUUCUGCAUCCCUUUCCAGUCCACUGUCUAUGUCCUGCCAACCUGGGUGCUUGGAGCUUUCAUCUGCAAGUUCAUCCAUUACUUCUUCACUGUAUCCAUGCUGGUGAGCAUCUUCACCCUCUCUGCCAUGUCAGUUGAUCGCUACGUAGCUAUAGUGCACUCCAGGAGGUCUUCUUCCAUUCGUGUUUCAAGGCAUGCCCUGGUUGGAGUCAUCCUCAUCUGGAUUCUGUCCAUUGCCAUGGCUUGUCCUGUUGCCUAUAACCAACACCUGAUCUACAGGAACAAUCAGACCUUCUGUUGGGAGGUCUGGCCAAAUCUGAAGCAGAAGAGGAUUUAUGUUGUCUGCACCUUUGUGUUUGGGUACCUGCUCCCUCUGCUCCUCAUUUCUUUCUGCUAUGCCAAGGUUCUUAACCAUUUGCAUAAGAAGUUAAGGAACAUGUCAAAGAAGUCAGAAGCGUCAAAGAAAAAGACUGCGCAAACAGUCCUCGUUGUUGUGGUGGUAUUCGGAAUAUCAUGGCUCCCCCAUCAUGUGAUCCAUCUCUGGGUGGAAUUUGGAAGUUUUCCUCUCACUCAAGCCUCCUUCGUCUUCAGAAUAACUGCCCAUUGCCUUGCAUAUAGUAACUCUUCUGUGAAUCCUAUCAUCUAUGCUUUUCUGUCUGAAAAUUUCCGAAAAGCUUAUAAGCAAGUAUUUAAAUGUCAGAUGGGCUGCAAUUCCAUGAAAAGCGAUGUCAAGGAAAUUAAAAGUAAGAUGGAGACCCCACCCUCCACAAAUUGCACUCAUGUUUGACAGAGAGAAAAAUCAUGUUCCUGCUCAGAUCCAUUCAUGCAAGCUGCGAGAUUUCAAAGCACAAGGAUACUUGGAUAAAAUUGCAACUGCAUUGUCUAGUCUAAAUGUAGUUGGCAUCUGUUUCAGUUAGCUUAUGUCUUAUAAGUUACAUCUGCUAAGCUGCUGCUGCUCAAAUAAGAUCUAGUACCGUUCUGUUCAUCAAAAGAGAAGUGAGAUGGAAAUCUUGAUGCAUUUUAAACUGUAAAUGGUAUUUUUAUUUUUAAAGUAAAAACAUGCAAUGUGCUCUGUGAACCAAUUAUCUUACGCCAAUGUGCUAUGAAAUGACUGUUAUGUUGCCAAUUUGAUGUUAUUAUCGCUAUAAUUUAACUGGCAAAUCUGCAUUUAAGUAAAGCUGAUGUAAAAUUAUUGGGAAGAAAAAAUUAAACAUAUGGACUUCAAAUAGUAGAGCAGUGGGCAUGCAUGACAUAUAGGGAAGCAUGAUAUCACUAGUUUGAUUCUUAAAAUCACUAUUCAGACUAUAAUUCACUAAAGGCUUUACUUCUAAAAAUCAUCAUUUGAAUGUAAAGGAUUUAUUUUAUAUGACAUUGAUCUUAUUUAUUCAUUGCUUUUGUUUCAUUUGCAAUCAAGAAAGCAUUAAAUGAAAACAAAGCAGUGGAAUCAUGAAAUCCAAGUCUAGCCUUAUCUUCUGGUCAAGGAUUUGGAUUUCUAAACUGAACCAUUGCUUUGCAUAUCUAUUAUAGCUAUAUUUUGCAUAGUCAAAGUGUUCAAAUUUCUAAGAAAAUCACUUUAUUACGCUUAACAUCACAUUCUAGUAUUGUAGAAAUUUCAUAAAAUAUUUUCCAUGUAAGAAGAUAUUUUGCUAAAUAAAACCAUGCACAGGAUGGUAAUCCAUGCACUUACAACCAGAAGGAUAGUAAAUUGAUAAUUGUAAAUACAGUGUGGCAUUUGUAGAUGUACCCAGGCUGUUGUUAUCAAGUGAUAAUGGAUUCUAGUACAAGGAAAGGUAACCUGCAGUAACUUUAAAAAAUCCAAUUGAAUCACAGCUUAUGUAUUUCCCAGUGUUUUUUCAUUUUAAUUUAAAAAUUUUAAAUAAAGUGCAAUACUUACAAUUUCCAAAUGCUCACAUGU